AUGGCUUCUUCUUCUCGUAUCUAUCGAGUGCAUCACAAACACUUAUCAAAUGAUCCUAAAUUUGAAAUUGACAACGGGACUGAUGAGAUAGUGUAUACUGUUCGUUCGAGUCCAUUAUCCUUAACCGACAAACUAUCUCUUUGUGAAGCAUCAACUGGCAAAGAAUUAAUUAAAGUACGUGAGGAAGUCCUUCAUCUUCAUUUAGCGUAUGAUAUUUCAGCAGCAACUGAAAACAGUGACAAAGAUAAGGAUCCACAUUUAGCAACAGUUAAAAAAACUCAUGGUCAACAGCAUUUUCAAAGUGCACUUGAAGUAGAAUCGGUCUAUGGUGUAUACAAAGUAGAACCUGUCGGUAGUGUAUUUGGUCAUGAAUUUAAAUUAACAACGGGCGGCAAAACUGUAGCCUAUGUAAUUAAGAAUACCAAACUUCUGAAAAACAAAGAACUGUAUCUUGUCGAGAUUAGUGAUGAUGAUGGUGGAGAUGUAUUUUUAUUGGCGUUGGUGAUUGUAAUUUGGCACGCGCAACAAUGGUGUCAUACGUGA